ACAUUAUGCAGGUCGGUUUUGGAUGUGAAAGCUCCAUAUACAGGAUAGCCGGGAAGUCGCAUUAUGUCAUUAACCGCCAUGUGUGACUGAAAACUUACCAUUAAAUAAUAAGUUAUGAGCUGUUUUAUAUAUGAAGGUAAACAAAUCAUUAUGUAUAUUAUAGUAAACGGGUCCGUUUUAAAGUUAUGAUAAAGACAAGGUCUUAAUGUAAUUAAUUAGUAGUUGGCUUUGUGUUUGAUUUAAAUAGAUAGAAAUAGACACCCACGAUUUAUGUAAUGGACACAUCUCUUUGUCAAAUAAGGCUCAUUUUUCAAUCUUGAAACAAACAAAAAGAAUUAUCAAUCUAUUUACCUGCCACAAAUUCAUAUAGAUCUUCUCCAAUUAUUUAUUUUUUGUUUUAUAAUUUUCGUACAACUAGCUAUGAUAAAUUGUUUUCUAAAAGGUAAAAUUGGACUUCGGUACAAACUUCGUAAUCAAUGCUGUUUAUAGUGUAUGUUACAAUAAUUCUCGUUUUAAGAAAGGAAAUGAUAGAAGACAAUAACCGUAGUGGGGUUAUUUCUCUGCGUGUUUUACCGUUGCAAUAAUUAUCAAGACUUUCAACUUUGGGAUAAUUACUAUACGGUGACAAUGGCGGAAUUCAAAUGUAGACAAAUAAAUAAUUCUAAAUCUGGUCAAAAUAUUGACAAAAAUGACAAACAUUCUCCUGAUUUUAUCGAGCAUUCAAUAACACCACCGGCAAGAGAGAACACUGAGGUCGACAUUGCGAAUGAAAGCACAGAUGUCGGUGAUAAUUUGGAUACUUUUGAGGAUUCCCCAGUCAAUAAAGACGAGAAUAUUCGUCAGAAUAUAGAAAUUGAAAUAAAUAUACUAGCAAAGCAGAAGGAGCUUGGAGAUAUUGAACCUGAGUUCGAACAAGUGAUGAAAGAAAUGGAGAAAAUUGUUGCAUUCGCUGAUGAUGAAAAUGAUGAGGAUUUUAAGAAAAUGGAACAAAUAAGACGUGAUUAUGAGGACAGAAUGACCAGAACAGACAGCCGGGGAUCAUUUACGACUACCUCCAGGGAUGAAUGGGGGUUUACCACCCGUACCAUUCCGGAACUUAACUUUACAUGGAACAGUACGGUUAAUAGUACUCACCUAAGAUCUGGGGAUAACUCGCGUUACACAAACCAGUAUUUACGGAGCUCAGCUUCAGUUUUCGCUCCCGGGAAAACAAAGCGUCAAAGAAAACGCGAAAAGACGGGCGUUACAUGGAGUAGUCGAGUUGAAAACCGUAUGGACGGACGAAAACUUUUCUGCUUCGAUCAAUAUGAGGAGGUUCAGAUAAGGAAUGCUUCAAGAUUAAGUAAACGGACCGAUACAACGUUGUCAAGAAAUGCGUCUCGCCUGGCACUUGAAUCUCGUGAAGCAAUGUUCAGACGAGCUAUGUCGUUGCUGUCGGCAAGAUGUACUAGCGUAAGACAGGACGGAGGGAGUGACGCCACCAUCACGCUUGGAGCCCAGAUACCUAAAUACUUCUACGUCACUCAAGAUAAACCCCUACCAAUGGAGCCCUUAAAGGCAUGGCGUGGUUACCAUGGCAACAUAUAUUUCGAGCCAAUCAACAUUAAUCCAGUGAAAGGUGAUAUAGAAUCCGCACGGGCAAGAACAUCUAUAACACGUCAGGACCCACAACGUAAUGCAAGAACUCGAACUUCUAUUCCUAAAGCGAGGGCAAGCCUAGACAAUAAAGAGAAUAAGCCAAUACAAGAGAGCCGGAGUGAUUCACGGCAGACUACAAAAAGUUCUGUUGGCAGUCGACGGUCAUCUACCAGGCCAAUGGCUUAUUUAGAUAAACAAACUGUUCUAAAUAGACUUAAUGAAAGUAUUCACGAGGAUAUAGUUUGGUUAGAAGGUACGGAGAACACCGGAAGCCUUGCAGUUCGACCAAAAACAUACCCAGAGAGAAUGUCGCGUGACAAAGAAAGGGAUCUUCAAUACAAUAAGGACAGGAUAAAGAAAGGAUCGGUUGCACAUAAAUUAUACAUUGAUGGUAAAUCUAGACAAAAGCCGAAAUUAGCGGUCAGUGGCGGGAAGUUUACCCCACCGAACUCUCUGUCACCCUUGUUAAGGACUCAAACCCAAUAUUCCUUGAGUAGCCAAAGGCUCACAACAAAUAGUCCGGAUCCAUAUCACCUAAAUGAGUCUAAGUUACCUCCCUUGGACCAGAUUCGGGCUAGCCUUAAACACAUGGACAGUAAACAGCCGAGUGGAAAAUUACCUUAUAACAAAACUAUGACCCUUACGGAGGGUAUGAAACCUUUUGUAAAAUAUAGCCCCGACGUGGUGGCAAAGUUUGCUCAGCAGGCUAAUAUAUGAGAGGUUUACACACUUUAUGAGAAAUUAAUUGUGAAAUGUGGCCUGGUUUAGUCAUGUCUAAUCAAAGAAUAAAAUAUGAAUGUUAUAAAACUUCAACUGAAAUAUUGCUACAAUGUAGCAUGCUGACAUACAUCGUUCAAACUUGCAGAGUACCUGUCAGAGUUUUCUUGUAAAAAGAAGUUUACAGUAAAAAAUAGUACAGAUUCCUUUGGUUUCGAGUAAGGAUAUUUCUUCUUAUCACUUCUAGCAAAGGAAUCACAAAAGUUUGAUGGGUUAGCAGACCACACGUAAAAACUUUGUCAUGGAUGAUUUAAGUUUACAUCAACAAAUACUAAGUCUUAACCGUGUAUGUUUUCAAUCAUUUUAUAUUAACAAAUGGCACCUGGGAAAACCUAAGGUCGAUAGAGGUCGAAAAUGUUAAAGUUAAGUUUUCGUAACUAUCGAACUUCGAACGUAAUGAAUUUCCACCGACGUUUUGGAAGAAUAUGGAAAAGUUCGUCAAGAUCAUUUUUCUUACCAUAUUUUAUCCUUGGAUGUGAUUGUACAUGUUCAAUAGGAUUGUAAGCCCAUCAAUUGAAACCGAAUAAUAGUGUGUACUAAUUUCGUCAGGAGAAGUCAUUUAUGCUUUAUUUUCGUACUUUUCUUCUUCUUUUGUAUUUUUCAAAUGGCAUGUUACAUUGACUACAUGUACUUUGAAAGAAUUAGAAGUCUAUAUAAAAACUCCAAUGUUAUAAAAUUAGUACAUUUGUGAUACGAUUAUUGUGAUUGAUUUAUCUUUUGGACUAUUUCUGUACCCGAGUAUUUGUCCUUUUAAAUGUUAUCUGUGAUAAAUGUAAAACAUUCAUUGUAUUAUUGUUUAAAUGUGCCAAACUUUUAUAUGUAUACUAACUUUUUUCCUAUCUCGACUGUGAUAAGGGUUUUAUAUUCAUUUUAACCAGUCUGUGACGUUCCGAAUGGUCAGCAUUGUUUUUUCGUCUGCCUUAAAGAUAUCGCUUCCGAUCGAUAUUAAAAUUACCUCCCUUUUUGUAUCUUGCAAUUAUCGUAUCAAGGCGAUCAUCAUGUUUUACCAUUACUAAGGCAGGAAAUUACUGUAGCAAAUUAUUUUAACGAUAAACUCAAGACAUCUACGACCAAAAUAGCAAGAUGUCGCUUCAAUUUCGCAUGAAGAAAAUUAUUUUUAUGAUCAAAUAUUCAGUUAAUUUAUACUACAUGUCAUUUCUUUGCCAUUACUGAAUUACUAAAUAAAAGUCAUUUUAGAGGAAUUUAAUCAUCUGUAGAAUUAUAUAUGAAAUUGUAUAUUCAUCAUUGCUGUCAAAUAAAAUAACACAUCACUACAGUAAUAUCACCAGCCCUGUGAUAUCAGUUUACAGCGAUGGAUAUCUUAAUAUGGAAUUUUAUACUUAGGUUCUCAAUAUAAAGAAAUGAUAACAAUUAAGGUAAUAAAUAAUACACUAUAUUUGGUUAGCAUUAGUGUAUAGAUCAGAUUUUAUUACAAUAUUUUACCACAAGGCGUCCCAAAGUAGAGAGAAGAUUUAUAAGAUCACCGACUAUCUCCCGUACGUCUGCUGUCUAUACAUUAUAUCUAUUUUCUAUUUGAUUAGAGAAGAUCCUUUAAGUAGGUUUUCUGACACCAGAAAGUAUAACUGUCUAUAUAUUUUACAAAUAUUCCAGAAAGCUUGUUUUUUUUAUUUCUCUUUUUUCUGGGACAACAUCUUGUUUACUAAGUUUGCAUAUUUAGGUUUAUAUAUGCUCGACAGUUCAUUUAUUCC